AUGAACCAAAAUCCCAACGAUCACUGGCGUGGGCCAGGAGGUCCUGCUCAAAACGAUCCCCAAGGGCGACCCUUUCCAAGCUAUGGCGCCAAUGGUCCUGGUCAACCGCCGCCUCAUGUCUUACCUCCUCCUGCCUCGUAUCAUCAACAUCACUCUCAGCCUUCCUCGAAUCACAGCCUUUCGAUCGCGGAUUUGACUCAGGGACCGCCCAACCACUCUCAGCAGCAUCAGUACAAUACUCAGCCUCCGCCACCGCAACCUCAAGGCCAUCCCAUGGGCCAUUUGGGACACUCGAUGACCCAACACUCACCUCAAUAUCUUGGCCGGGACAGAGAUAUGCGGGAUCCUCGCGAGCGGGAGUUGCAUGAAAUGAGGGAAAGGGAAAGAGAACGAGAAAGAGAGAUGCAACGACAGAGAGACGAAUUGAUCAUGCGCGAUCGCGAACGGGAGCAAAUCGAGCGGAUGCAUUCUGAGCAGCGAGGCCCUGUACAGAGCCAUGCGGGAUCAAUCCCGAUACAUCAGCCAGUGGCUUCAAAGGUGCAAAACUCGAUACAUGGUCCGAAUGGUCUGCUCGCGAACGGCGGUGCUGGUGCCGUGCAGCACAACUUGCCACCUGUGACCGUUGGUGGCAGUCUCUUUGGUGGCGCUUCCCAACAUGAGCCCCAGAGACCUUCUCAGUACAUGCACCAACAAGGCGGGGGACCUCCUCAGCAGCAAGCGCAAUCUUUCAUGCCUGGACCGUCUCCAAUGCCAGCUCCUGCGCAGCUCGCUCACGGCCAGCAGCCGAUUUUGAACGAUGCGCUGAGCUACCUCGAUCAAGUCAAGAUGCGCUUCAACGAACAGCCUGAUGUCUACAAUCGCUUUCUAGACAUCAUGAAAGAUUUCAAGAGCCAGGCUAUUGACACACCAGGUGUGAUUGAGCGCGUGUCCAAUCUUUUCAAUGGUCACCCAGCUCUGAUCCAGGGCUUCAAUACUUUCCUUCCUCCCGGGUAUCGCAUUGAAUGUGGGACGGACGACAACCCAGAUGCCAUUAGAGUUACUACACCCAGUGGCACAAUGACGCAAUCGCUUCAGAGCAGAGGGCGUACGCAUUUUGAACCUGCAGGAGUUGCCCCGGUUGCCCAACCCGCGUCAGGCCGACAAGAUACCUUCGAAAAUCGACAUGGGUGGGGACAGCCCCUGGGAGCUUCGCCAGGUGCUAGGUCUGCUGAGCUGGCGCCUUUCAAGAAUGCACCAGGGGAGAGACAAGUCGAGGAAGCCGCCAACACCAUGGGCCAGCAAGACCAACGCGGUGUCUCGACACUGCAAAGUGCAGUUACUGCCGUGACCAAUGGGUCUGCGAGACCAUCCCUGGCAGUCUCGCCGGGACCUGGCCAGACUGGUCCAUAUAAUCAACAAGCCGGUUCCUUUGGUGGCAAUGCUUCCUUGGCUGAUGUGAAGCAGCGGGGUGGUCCGGUCGAAUUUAACCAUGCUAUAAGUUAUGUGAAUAAGAUCAAGAACCGGUUUGCCCAACAACCUGAGAUCUACAAGCAGUUCCUUGAGAUCCUGCAAACAUAUCAGCGAGAAUCCAAACCUAUCCAGGAUGUGUAUGCUCAGGUUACCCAAUUGUUCUUGUCUGCUCCAGAUCUUCUCGAGGACUUCAAACAAUUUUUGCCUGAAUCGGCAGCCCACGGCAAGGCACAGGCUUCUAGAGCAAUGGCGCAAGAGGACCAGGCCAGCAAUGUUCGAAACGAUGCAGGCUAUGCUGCUGGCGCACUUCCUCAAGCGCAAACACCUCGACCUACCUCGAAGAUGCCGCCAAUGGGCCAAUUCGAUCCACCUAGCACCAGCAAAGACACCAAGAAGCGUCGUGGCGGACCGGGGGCUACUCUAACCAACCAAAACUCAACUCAGUCGGCCGCUGAUACAGGUCUUCCGCAAGGAGGACGAAGUGGCCUUGUUCAAGUUGGCAAUGUUAAUAAGCGCCCUAAACUCUCCAAUCAACGUCAGCCUCCUGCCGAUACUAUUUUGGCCUCUCCAACCCUUGUGCCUCAGUUGCCCGAGCCUUUGCCACCGUUCCCCAGUGCAUCUACUACUCAGGAAGAGCUUGCGUUCUUUGAUAGAGCCAAGAAACAGAUAGGGAAUCGGACGAGUUACAAUGAGUUUCUGAAACUCACCAAUCUCUAUACUCAGGACUUGAUCGACAAGUAUACUCUGGCCGACAGAAUGGGAGCAUUCAUCGGAGGCAAUGUUGACCUCAUGAAUUGGUUCAAACACUGGCUUGGUGUUGAGGAACAAGAGGAAGUCAUCGAAGCCCGCAUACGACCAGAUCCUGGCCGAGUUAAUCUGUCCCAUUGCCGUGCCUUGGGCCCCAGCUACCGUCAUUUGCCAAAACGCGAACAAAACAAGCCUUGCAAAGGCCGGGACGGCAUGUGCUACGAAGUUUUGAACGACGUCUGGGCAUCUCAUCCCACAUGGGCAUCCGAGGACUCUGGAUUCGUCGCGCAUCGCAAGAACCAGUAUGAAGAAGCCCUGCACCGUAUAGAAGAAGAACGCCACGACUAUGAUUUCCACAUCGAGUCAUGCCAGCGCACCAUCCAACUCAUGGAGCCGAUUGUCCAACAAAUCGGUGUCAUGAGCGAAGCAGAUCGUGCAGCAUUCGUCUUGUCGGAGGGUCUCGGCGGCGCAAGUGCAGCCAUCCCAAAGCGAAUCAUCAUGAAGGUGUAUGGGCGAGAAGUUGGUGCCCGAGUCAUGGAAGAAAUGUUCGCCCGUCCCACAGCCGUUCUUCCCAUUGUUCUUGGCAGACUCAAGCAGAAGCUGGAAGAAUGGAAACAAGUCCAGCGAGAAUGGGAGAAGGUUUGGCGUGAUCAAAUCCACAAACAGUUCUGGAAAAGUCUUGAUCAUCAAGGCAUUAACAACAAGAAUCUGGACAAGAAGAACUUCCAGCAGAAAUAUUUGACAAGCGAUAUUCAAGCCAAGUAUGAAGAAGCCAAGAAGAACCGCGAGAAUGGAGUCUCCACGAAGAGACAUCAACUGGAAUAUGUAUUCAGUGACCUCGACGUGGUUAUUGAUGCCUCACGCCUGGUACUGGCUUCAUUGGAAGCCAGCAAUGCACAGUACAACAGCGGAGAACAGGAGCGUAUCCGGGGCUGGCUAACCGAUUUUGUCGUUCGAUUCUUUGGUCUUGACCCAGAUAAGUUUCACGAAUUGGUGGAUUUUGAAGCCUUACGCAGCCAUGAAAACGACGAAAUGGUCGAUGGCCACGAGAGCGACAGCCACCCUCCUGCCAAAGGCAAAGCUAGGAGCAAGUCCGACUGGCUUAGGAGGCAGGCACUCGAGCGGAGACGUGGCAAAGAGGACAGUGUUGCAUCGGGCAGUAAAGAAUCAACCCCAAUGCCGGGAGCACUUAGUGAGAUGGAAGUCGACGAUGACACCCCGAUCUCAGACAUCGCGGACUCGCCCCAACGUCCUUGGAUCAACGUCGCUAAUAACGAUUUGUCUACUCGACACCUGGCAAUGGACGAACCCUAUCCGCACACGACCUUCAACCUUUACGCCAACGCAAACAUCUACUGCUUCUUCCGACUUUUCGAGACCAUGUACAGCAGAUUGCUUGCCAUCAAGAAUAACGAGCCAAAUGUCCAAGAAGCGGUCGCAAGGCACAAAGGCAAAGGCGGCAAAGUGAAGCCAGCGAUUGACCUUCGGAUGAUUGACAAGGGGCCAGAUUAUUUCUUCUUCAAUAUCGAGGGGAAGCAGAACUACUAUAAUCAGAUCCUCCAGAUGUGUGAAGAGGUCGUUCUCGGCACAGGGGAGCUUUCUCAUCUCGAAGAGACACUCCGACGCUACUAUAACAAAAACGGAUGGCAGCUCUACGGAGUUGAUAAGCUGGUUGCAGCUAUCCUACGCUUCGUCAUGAAUAUCCUUGGUGGAGACGCGAAGGACAAGAGCGUCGAGAUCACCAAUUUGUUCAUGAAGGAUCGCGAACGGUCCGAGACGACUCGUAAACAAGAAAUUCAAUACCGCAAGCAGGUUGAGCGGUUGUCCAAAGAUGCUGAGAUCUAUCGCAUCAGCUAUACGCCUAACAAUAGGCUCUGCACUAUUCGCCUGUUCCCAUCAGAGGAUGCCACCUUUGACAGCGACACCUUGUCUGACGAUGCACGCUGGCAGUAUUAUGUCGCAGCGUAUACCAUGACCGAUGCCACUGAAGGUGUAGACCAAUCACGUAUGCGUUCGCCCUACGUGAAGCGUAACAUCGCUCCUCAGAACGCCAAUAUUGAGGCUGCAUAUGAAGAAGUCUACGGCGAUCUUGAUCACAUCGAUGAGCAAACGGCCUUCAUCAAUCCCGAGUCAUACAAGCUCCUGCUUCAGAACGAAUUUGGCUUCCUCCAUCGAAGAGCUGUUGAGAAGAUAAACUCUCCCGCUCCAAAGGCUCACGAGAGUGAACGAUUCCGGGAGAAGUUUGUGCGAAAUACAGCAUGGAUGAAAGACCAGCGAGCCGAGGAUGUGGAACGAAGGAAAGCUGCCUGGGAAAAGGGUGUCAAAGAAGGCUUUCAUAGCAAUGAAGAUUGA